CUGAGUAUUGAUCCAUAGUGUAAUUAAGUUAUUUAUGGGUGCAUUGUAACGAUCGACUACCGACUUCAACAGGUAGACACCAUAGUGUAGAUGAAGUCCCUAGAUUAAAUCUUUAUAGAAAGGAAGAAACCUGUAGGAUUUAAAGCCAUGUCUGACACGGGUGACUCGCAGAUUACGUUUUGAACCAUGAAAUCUCCACGAGGUAAACACAAAACACCAUUACAGGGUGUAACGUGAAAGACAUCGAAAAUUUAUUAUGAUGGCGUUUUCUUGAAACUUUUGGCAUAUUGUCGCACUGGGAGCGGAAUAUGACGUUGACUUCUGUAACAUUACCCACCCCGUUGCGGAAUUAAAUAAUCUGUAUCUGUAUUUAAAUUGUGUUGAAGUGUGGAAUAACCUGGACUAAUUGGACUUCCCUACCCACCUGUGCGAUUAUAAGAUGGAGGCGGAACUGACUGUCAAUAACAGACCGAGGGUGGGAUUUCUGUUUGCUCUCGUGUGUACCACAUUCAGCCUGUCCAUGUUCAUGAUGUCAAUGAACACGUUAAUGUAUGAAGGAGAUGUUCCUUUUGAUGGAGACGAAGUUUUGGAUUACGAGGAGUUUAGAGGACUCGGGGGUCCCAUCGAGCUGGACCAUCAUAAACACAGCGAUGUGAACGAGGAUGUUGCUAAAGAACUUAGUAAAAAAGUUCGUGUGUUGUGCUGGGUAAUGACUGCACCCAAAAACCUGGACAAAAAGGCAACGGCUGUGAAAAAAACUUGGGGGAAAAGGUGCAACAAAGUGAUAUUUUUCAGUAGUGUAACCAAUGACUCGUUUCCAACAGUCGGACUGAAAGUCUCUGAAGGUCGUGAACACCUGACCGGUAAAACAAUACAGGCCUUCAAAUAUUGCUACCAACACUACCGGAACCAGUUUGACUGGUUUCUAAAAGCAGACGAUGACACAUACAUCAUUGUUGAGAAUCUCAGAUACUUUUUGUCUCAUCACAGCCCGAAUUCUCUCGUGUUCUUCGGACAUAAGUUCACACCCCUCAUCAAGCAAGGUUACUUCAGUGGUGGGGCGGGUUACGUUUUAAGUCGAGCUAGUCUUGAAAAGUUUAUGGUAGACGGUGGCGCCAAUCCGUUCAUCUGCAGGCAAGAUGGCGGGGCUGAGGACGCUGAAAUAGGGAGGUGUAUGAUGAAAUUGGGCAUCACAGCUGGGGAAUCACUCGAUGUUUUUGGCAAAGAAACAUUUCAUCCAUUUGUCCCUAUCGCUCAUUUAGAAGGGCAUCACCCAGAUUGGUUUUAUAAGUACAGUGCUCACAAACCCCGAAAGGGUUUGGGUUGUUGCAGCGACUACAGUAUUUCGUUCCACUACAUGUCUCCCUCAGACAUGUACCUGAUGGACUACUUACUAUACCAUCUAAAACCAUACGGCUUAGUACCACAGCCGGGGAAAGUCGAACAUUUCAAAAGUGAUACCUGACAUUUGGGAAAUCAUUUUUUUUGGGGGGGGGGGGGGAGGGGGUUACGAUUACAUGUCAUUUCAUUUGCAUAAUGUAAGUUGUUAUUUGUGUUUUUGUGUGGUCCUUUCUAAGAAAGAAUUCAUUUGACAAGUUUGAUGUGUGUGCAUAAAUCUUGAGAUUUAUAUUAUUUAUAUUCAUGUUUGUACUGUUUGUUGUUUCUGAAUAAUAGUACUUUCAAAACAUGAUGUUUAAUACGCUAAUACAAUUAUAAAAACAAAAUAUUUUGGUUGUCGUUUUUCUCAUAUCAGACGUCUAUUGAUUCUGUGAAACAAUUUCAUAGAGAACAUUCACUUCUUCAGGUCAAAUGUCUCAUUAUAUAUGGCGAAAAAUUAAUUGUGAAACUUGGAUCAGAUUGUUUUAUCCAGUAAAUAAAUUAUCUAAGUUGAAAAGAUGAGCAAGGGUGAAGUAAACAAUAAAUGCAAAUAACAUAAAAUAAUCAACAUAAAAAACAUAAUCUCAAUGCAGUCCUGUUUUAUUUACUUCGCAUUUUUGGGGGGCACACUUUUACC